AUGAUGCUACUCCGUCCUGUGCAUGAAGUCGUACCGGAGAGCUUUGAGGAACUGUUGAUGUGUCCCAAGCCGCCGUCACUGAGCCCGGACAAGACCUCCGAUGUGUCCGCUUGUUUGCCAGUUGGACCUGCAGAAGACAGUGGACCUCUGAGGGAGGAACAGGAGACUGGUGUGGUCCCACCCAGUCCCCAACGACCCCGCCACGUCCGUCUCGAUUUGGGACAGCCAUUGCUCCGUGUGGGUGGUCGCACGAUACCAUUGGCCCAACGGCUUGGUCUCGACUGGCAUCGACCCAGGCUUGAAGCAGGAAUCAAGAAGGGCGGCUUGGACGCUUAUAAUUCGUUGGCGUUGUCCCUGGGGCGCUCCGGGGAGGCUUCUGAGGUCGAAUACCCUACUGUACUUUGCAGGUAUCUUACGUUGAGAAAGGGACUUCCAUUGUCCGUACCUUAUGUGUUGUACAUACCUUUUCGAAUGUCUGGCACCUCUGCUACGUAUCUAGAGGAAGACAAGCACGUAAAGAUUCGACGGUGCGGGUUGCAGCUGCCAACCAGCCUGGCGGUGGCCAACGCCAUCUCCAAGUCUCCAACAGCCAACAAACCGCCGAGAAAACUUGCAAGCCUGUGGUUCGAAGACGGGGUGUGCAUUAGUGAAUGCACCUGCCACGAUCCAGGCCCUGCUUUACCUUAG